CCCCCCAGUCCGGAACCGCUUGCGGGCUGCGGGAGGCGUAAGGCCCGCGUCCUCCGUCGUCCAUGGCUGCUGCCUUGCUCGCCCGGGCCUGGGGCCCCCUCCGCGGAGCGCUCCGUCCUAGGGACUGGAGGAGGUUACAUACCAUCUACCAGUCAGUGGAGCUGCCCGAGACACACCAGAUGUUGCGUCAGACAUGCCGUGACUUCGCUGAGAAAGAGCUGGCUCCCAUUGCAGCCCAGCUGGACAAGGAGCAUCUCUUCCCCAAGGCUCAGGUGAAGAAGAUGGGCGAGCUCGGGCUGCUGGCCAUGGACGUCCCCGAAGAGCUCAGUGGCGCCGGCCUUGACUACCUGGCCUACUCCAUCGCCAUGGAGGAGAUCAGCCGCGGCUGCGCCUCCACCGGCGUCAUCAUGAGCGUCAACAACUCUCUGUACUUGGGGCCCAUUCUGAAGUUCGGCUCCCCGGAACAGAAGCGGAAGUGGAUCCCCCCUUUCACUACUGGUGACAAAAUUGGCUGCUUUGCCCUCAGUGAGCCAGGAAAUGGCAGCGAUGCGGGAGCCGCUUCCACCACAGCCCGGGAGGAAGGUGACUCGUGGGUCUUGAACGGCACCAAAGCCUGGAUCACCAACUCCUGGGAGGCCUCGGCCACCGUGGUGUUCGCCAGCACAGACAAGGAGCGGCAGAACAAGGGCAUCAGUGCCUUCCUGGUUCCCAUGCCAACGCCCGGGCUCACGCUGGGGAAGAAGGAAGACAAGCUAGGCAUCCGGGCCUCAUCCACAGCCAACCUCAUCUUUGAGGACUGCCGCAUCCCCAAGGAGAACCUGCUCGGGGAGCCUGGGAUGGGCUUCAAGAUAGCCAUGCAAACCCUGGACAUGGGCCGCAUCGGCAUUGCCUCCCAGGCCUUGGGCAUCGCCCAGGCCGCCCUGGAUUGCGCCGUGAGCUACGCUGAGAACCGCAGGGCCUUCGGGGCACCCAUCACGAAGCUCCAAGGCAUCCAGUUCAAGCUGGCGGACAUGGCGCUGGCCCUGGAGAGUGCCCGGCUGCUGACUUGGCGUGCCGCCAUGUUGAAGGAUAACAAGAAGCCUUUCAUCAAGGAGUCGGCCAUGGCCAAACUGGCUGCAUCAGAGGCUGCGACUGCCAUCAGCCACCAGGCUAUCCAGAUCCUGGGCGGCAUGGGGUACGUGACCGAGAUGCCAGCUGAGCGGCACUACCGUGAUGCCCGCAUCACCGAGAUCUACGAGGGCACCAGUGAAAUCCAGAGGCUGGUGAUUGCCAACCACCUGCUCCGGAGCUACCGGAGCUGAGCCCGCACAGCCCAGCGCCCUGUGCACUGUGGGGAAGGGCACGACCACCCGGGCUUGGCCUCCACUUCUGCCUGGUCAGAUGGGAGGGCAGGGGCCUGCCUCCUCAUGCCAGGCCGCCCUGCCCCUCACCUCCCGCCACUCCCGUGCAGCCGGUGGGAGUCUGUGCAGGAGAGGCGGGGAGACCCGUCUCCAGCCUCCAUUCUGGGCUCUGCUACCUCUUCACGAGUCACCAGCCGUGCCUCAUUUCCUGUGGCCUGCAGGCGGGGCUCUGGGGGCCAAUGACCCCCCCCCCAUGCUCCUGCUGAUGGAGUGAAGACCUAGGGGGGCGGGGGGCUCCCCAGUCAGGAGGAGGGCUGGCGGAAUGACCAGGCCCCUGGGGCAGAAGUUGUGCCUAGACCCUGCGGUCUCCGUGUGGUCAACAGAGGACAGGUGUGUGCUCCCUGGUCACGUGUGCACUGACUAGCCAAUAAAGCACACCUGUGUCUUGACCCCG